UUCAAUUAUUAAUUUUCUAAGAACGGAUCCAAAAGUCCAAUAAGUUUUGUUUCAAAAUUGUGUCUGGAACCGGUACCACAGAUUAGUAUGACUCAUUCACUCAUUGACAUAUCGUAACGUAACGUAAGCUCUCCAAAUAAGUCAUAGUCAAAUUGGGCAAUAGUGUUAUUUUUAGAAAUAUCAUAUAAAGAUGAGUCUGCAGUGGACGUUGAUAGCAGGUGUUCUGUAUGCAGAAAUAACUGUCGUCCUUCUCUUAGUUUUGCCAAUAGCUAGUCCAAGAAAAUGGAAUUCGCUUUUCAAGUCGAGAUUUCUCCAAGGUAUAAAAAAUCAAGCCGGUAUUUAUUUUAUGAUACUUCUCGCAAUUUUGGUGUUAUUCUGCUUGGAUGCUAUAAGAGAAAUGAGAAAAUACUCUAAUCCCCAAGGAGACAGAGAUGGACAUGCCCAUUUGGAUCUAGAAAUGCAGGAAAGUAUGAGAUUGUUCAGAGCACAAAGAAAUUUCUAUAUAUCAGGCUUCUCUCUAUUUUUAUCUCUUGUAAUCAGAAGAUUGGUUAUGUUAAUAUCUUCUCAAGCAGCACUAUUGGCCCAAUCAGAAGCCUCUAUGAAACAAGCCCAAAGUGCUUCAGCAGCCGCUAGGACUUUCCUCAAACAGCAAGGAGAUGCCAAAGAUAAUAUAUCCAAUGAAGCUCAUGAUAAAGAAAUUAACGAAUUAAAAUCUGAAAUAUCAGAGUUGAAAGAAAAAUUGAAAACUGCUGAGGCAAACCAAUCAGCUGUAAAAACUCAAGCAAAUAAUUUGGCCAAGGAAUACGAUCGCUUAGCUGAAGAGCACAGUAAGCUUCAGAAAAAAAUCACAAUCAGUUCUGGGGAUAAGAAAAGUGAAUAAUUGUUUUUUUUGAUUACCUGCAUAUAUGUUAUGGUUAGGUUCCAGCUAUAUUUAUUAACUGACAUAUAAUAAGAAUUUCUAAUAAUUAAUAUAUUGUGCCUUUGUUAUGGAUUUUAUGUUUUAGGGUUUUUUCAAUACUCUUUUUUUUUGUUCAAAUAAAUACCUUGUUUUAAAAA